GCACAGGGCCCGCCCCCGGAGCAAUGCCCGCCGGCGUGUCCUGGUCCACCUACCUGCGGGCGCUGGCGGGCAGCAUGCUGGCCAUGUUCGCGGGGGCCGAGGUCGUGCACAGGUACUACAGGCCUGACCUUAGCAUACCUGAAAUACCUCCUAAGCCUGGAGAACUGAAAACAGAACUGUUGGGUCUAAAAGAAAGAUCAAGCGAAAUUCAGACUUCACAACAGUGACCAGAGUUUAUUUUCAUUGUGAAAAUUAGAACUGAUAAAAUAUUUAUCCAACUUUUUAAGUUGCAGAAAUACAUAUGUGAAAUACUGUGCUCCUGUAAUGGAUUUUUGCUUUCCUUUACUCAGAAUUGUGGGCAGCAUUAAAAAUAAAAAUACAGUGAAUGCUUUUGGUAAAAGUCCCAUCA